UCAGGAGAGUUUGGACACACGCGUAAAGCUAUCAGGAUGCGUAGAAACACACCUUGAUGGCUGAAAACACACAAAUGGAGGCAACACAGAGAAAGUUGCUGCAGCUGCUCGGCUUCGCUGCUCUUCUGGCUGCCGCCCGCGGCCAGUGUCAGCAAGGCUGGAGGGAGUACGAGAAUAAAUGUUACUUCUUUUCAACUGAUACCAAGUCAUGGCCGGAGGCUAACGCGUUUUGUUUGGGCCAGAACACCAACCUGAUGAGCAUCCUGGACAUUCAUGAGCGGAUGUGGGUAAGGACACAAAUCGGCACAGAGAUCUACUGGAUAGGCCUGAAUGACCAGGUCACAGAGGGUGUCUGGGAGUGGAGUGACGGCAGCCCUUAUGUACUAUUCUUAGAAGACUGGUUGCCGGGCCAGCCGGAUAACUGGGGCGAGGAGACCGGUGAGGACUGUGGUCAGGUGGCGGGAUCCAGCUUCGGACAGUGGAACGACGAGAACUGCGCCGUUCCGAGGAAAUACAUCUGCAAGUACAACAACCCGAACCCCGUCCCGCAGUGCGACCUGGCAAACGGCUGGAGGCAGCACCAGUCCAACUGCUACAAGCUGAAAGCCGACGUCCGGAGUAACUGGGUGGGAGCGAGACACGACUGUGUGCAGGAGGGAGGAGACCUGGUGUCCAUCACCUCAUCGGAAGAGGAGCAGUUUGUCACAGGGACGCUGGACCCGUCGUUGAUUGACCUCUGGAUUGGGCUUUCCACCCUGAAAUGCAACAAGAUUUCCUGUCAAGUGGAACCAGGAGACAGCCCGUACACCUGGUCUGACGCUCUCGCCAUGGACUACAUCAACUGGGCUGAAGAUCAACCGACUGACGACACCGAUGCCGGCUCGUGUUCUGCAAUCGUCAAAGACUCGACGGAGGAAUUUGGGAAAUGGACGUCCCACGUGUGCAGAUAUGAGCGUCCUUACAUGUGCAAACGACCACUGAACACCAUCUGCCCUCCCGGCUGGCUGAGCUUCACUGGCAGCUGUUACUGGACGGUCAGUAAUAUCAACCUGCUGACCACCUGGUACCAGGCCCUCAUCCAGUGCUCCGACAUGGGGGCCCACCUGCUGAUUAUUAACAGUCAAGAGGAACAGUUCUUCAUCAACGGAAACCUCCCGGACUUUCACCUGGUGGACGUCCCCGACAUCUGGAUCGGUUUAUCAGAUAAGGACCAGGACGGGGAAUUCAAAUGGAUCGAUAAAUCCCCAAUAACCUUUUCCAACUAUGGUCCCAAUUGGCCUCAAAACACGGCUGACAGCUGGGACUGUGGACAAAUCUACACAGGAAACUAUGCAGGGAAAUGGGAAACAACCAACUGCUAUAAGAGCCUGGGCUUCAUUUGUGAGAUGACGGGCGGACAGAACCCCAAACCGACUUCAGCUCCCGAUUCCCACUGUGACGCUGGAUAUUUGUUGUACGGAGACUUCUGUUAUCAAUUUGAGACCGAGUCGGUGAAAAGCUGGCAUGAUGCCGAGGCUCACUGCAGCAGAGAGCAGGCCCACCUCGCCAGCGUGCACUCAGAGGAGGAUCUCAGUUUCAUCACCGCUCACAUGCCAGGGGAAUGCUGGCUGGGUUUGAACGACAUCAAUAAUGAAAACCAGUUUGCCAACAGCGAUGGAACUCCGGCAGACUUCUUGCCGUGGGCGCCCAACCAGCCGGACAACUGGCAGGACGGCGAGGACUGCGUGAACAUGAGGGGGAUGAACCACCCCGAAGCCGGGAUGAUCAACGACGACUUCUGCUCCGCCACGAAGGACUUCAUCUGCAAAAAAGCCAAGGGACAAGGACCUCCUCCCCCGCCCCCAACCGCCGGACCAGGAUGGAAUGAGAAGUGCGGUUCCUGGAUGGCCGACCCUUUUAACGACUACUGCUACCUGUUCAACUACCUGUCCAUGAGGCCGUGGGCCGAGGCUCGAGCCGACUGCGUCAACCAGGGAGGAGACCUCGUCAGUGUCAACGACCCCUUCGAACAGGCCUUCAUACAAGGUGUGAUCCAGCUGAUUCCGAUAGGUGUCUCCCUGUGGAUUGGCGGCCAUGACUCCGUCACUGAGGGCGGGUGGGAGUGGUCCAACGGGUCUCCUUUCAGUUACAUUCGCUGGAGCGCAGGUAACCCCGACAACUUUAACGGUGAAGAUUGCCUGUCUAUAUUCAUCAAUGGCGGCUACUGGAACGACGACACCUGUCAGCAGAACAGAGGUUACAUCUGCAAACGGAGAGGAAACACUCCCGAGCCUCCUCCUCCUCACGAUGGCUUCAUGACGGUGCUGGUGUGCCAGGGCUCCUCCGCCGUCCUCCACUGUCCCACUGAAAGUGUGAUUAACAUCCAGUCGGCUUUCUACGGACGAAAGAAGGACGACAUCUGUCCACAUCUGGGCUCAUCCGAAGGAAGCUGCACGGUGGACGGCGUCCUCCCUCACUUUAGAAAGAUGUGUGACAACCGCCCCUACUGCUUUACGUACGCCCAUAUGGACGUGGACCCCUGUCCCACCAUCUCCAAGUAUCUUGAGAUCGUCUACAGCUGUGAAGAAAAAGUGUGUCUGCGCGGCCUGGGAGUCGAGGACGGGAAUCUCACGGACGCUCGCCUCUCCGCUUCUUCCUCCACCGGCGUGUUCACGCCCAACAAAGCUCGUCUGAAUGGAAAUUCCUGCUGGAUGCCUUCAGGAACCCAUCCAGUCACCUCCAGCUGGAUCCAGGUGGACCUCGGCGAGAGCAGAAAAGUAACAGGGAUAGUAAUCCAGGGUUGUCCUCAAAACGACCACUGGCUGACCAAAUUCAAGAUCCAGCACAGCGUGGACGGAAACAGCUGGACGGACCACACCGUGGACGGGCAGUUGUUCCUAGGCUCAACGGACCGAAACAGUCCUGUGACUCAGCUGCUGGGCACACCGGUGUCGACGCGGUACGUCCGCCUCCUCCCGGUGGAGUUCAGCGGUCAGGCCGGCCUUCGCUUCGACGUGUUGGGGUGCACGCCCGACUAUGCGAUCUCGUGCGCCCAUCGGCCCAACUUCAUUUUCUCCAACGAGAAAAUGACGGUCCACUGCCCGGCACGCUGUGCCAACGCUUACCACAGAGUGUACGGCACGUCGGUGUACCGCGGGGACUCAAACAUCUGUGCUGCAGCCAUCCACGCCGGAGUGGUGUUAAACGACAACGGAGGAGACUGUACUCUGUUGAAAGCUGCGGGUCAGAACUUCUACCCCGGCUCCCGGAGGAACGGCAUCACCUCUUUACAAUACGACGGAAACUAUGCCGUGUCUUACACCUUUGCAGACGGGGAGCUACGGUGCUCUGAGCUGGACUGGUAUGAGUUUGGAGACUUCUGCUACAAACCGUUUGAAGACAAACAGACCUGGCACGACGCCCAGGACACCUGCAGGACUCUGGGAGCUGAACUGGUCUCCGUCCUGUCGAUGACGGAGCAGAGCUGGCUGGAAAGCUACCUGUACUUGGCCACCAGUGACGUGUGGACGGGUCUCAACGACCUGUUUGUGUCCGGUAUGUUCACCUGGUCUGACGAGCACAUGGUGACCUUCACCCACUGGGCUCCGGGGGAGCCCAACAACCACGACGGCUUCACUGAAGACUGUGUUGAGAUGUUACACCAGACCGGCCGGUGGAACGACGUGUCCUGUACGGAGCUCAAUACCUACAUCUGCAAAAUGCCCAAAGCUCAUUAUCCAGUGCCCUCGGUCAAGCCCACCGUGUACGGAUGCCCUCAGGACUGGGAUGCAUACGGAUACUCCUGCUACUGGAUGGAGGAGAGCACCAGGAGCUGGUCGGAUGCUAAAGCGUUCUGCACAGAGCAGGACGGCUUCCUGCUGCACAUCGGAGACAUUUAUGAGCAGGCACACUUCACAGUGGCACUGUCGGGAAAGACUGACCUGUGGUGGACUGGCCUGCGUGCUCGAGGGGGGGCGAGUGGAGGGGUCGACUACAUCUGGGACAACGGCGCGGCCCUCACCUUCACUCACUGGGACCGAGACCAGCCAGACAACGGGGACGGUACCUGUGUCGCUAUGACAACGGGUCCGAUUGGUGGUUUCUGGGACGACAAGCCGUGCUCGGAGAAACACGCCUUCGUGUGUGAGAAAGCCAGACCCGACAUCACCCCCCCCACCAAGGCCCCGACUGUCCCGCCCGCACAGGGCUGUGCCACCGGCUGGACAUCGCUGCCUCAGUUCAGAGACUGUUACCGGCUCUUCCACAACGUGGACUGGUCCCUGAAGAAGAGUUGGGGAGCCGCGCGCGAGGACUGCGUCAGCAGGAGGGCCGACCUGCUCAGCGUCCAGAGCCAGGACGAGGAGCAGUUCCUGGCUCUGUACAGCAAGGGCAGCAGCAAGUGGAUCGGCCUCAAGCACAACCCCACGGAGGGAGGCUAUUCUUGGAGCGAUGGCUCAGCCCUGGCGCACACCAACUGGGGCCCCGGGGAGCCCAACAACCACGAGGGCCGCGAGGAAUGCGUGGAGAUGGUGACCAGCGCCAACGGGACCGACUCGUGGUGGAACGACCUCAACUGUGACGCCCACCAGGACUGGAUAUGCAGCAUCAGUAAAGGAACCAAUCCCGUCCUGCCCCCAGUGCCCCCGCCGCCACUCCCAGCUCCUGAUUGCGGCUCCAACCUCGGCUGGAGGAAGAACAACAACAUCUGCUACUACCACAACGACACCGACAUCGUGGACUUCCACACGGCGAUGACUCGCUGCUACCACGAGAAGGCCUCGCUGGUCUCCAUCCACAGCGUGGAGGAGCAGGCCUACGUCAACACCAUGGUGGGGACGGGCCAGGUGGCCGCAGCUUGGAUCGGACUGAAGAUGUUCGGCGUUGCCGACGGACAGUUCAUGUGGAUGGACUUCACCCCGGUGUCCUACACCCACUGGAGCCCGGGGGAGCCCAACAACGCCAACGGGGAGGAACAGUGCGUCCAGAUGAACAGACAUCAAGGGGGCUGGAACGAUGCCAACUGUGGUCGCGCCGGAGCCGGUUACGUCUGUAAGAAGCUCCCCGGAGACGUCCACACCCCUCCUCCACCCACGCAGCCCUGGGAGGGCAACUGCCCUGCAGACUGGAUGCGUUUCAAGAACAAGUGCUUCAUGUUCAAAGGGAAGAGAAAUGAGAUUAAAGCGAACUGGACUUUGGCUCGGAGCUGGUGCAAAGACCGAGGAGGAGAGCUGGCGGUCAUCGACGACCAGUACGAGAACGACUUUGUCUCGAGUUACCUGAGGGACCUGGAGCUCCCCGCGUGGAUCGGCCUCUCGGAUCUCUUGCAGGAGGACCAGUACGCUUGGAGCGACGGGGUCAGCCCGGUGCUGUUCACCAACUGGGCCCAAAAGGAGCCCAACAACGCCGGAGGAGCGGAGCACUGCGUGGCGAUGGCUCACGGACCGCGGGUGAGCGGCAAGUGGAACGACGACAGCUGCCAGAAGGAUCAGAGCUUCGUCUGCUCCAGGAAGAAAUCCAGCAGCAUCGACCUGCCGCCCCCGACCCGGAGCCCCUGUCCGCAGGGCUACACCUCCUGGUACCGGAACUGCUACAAGCUGGUGGCGGCGGCGGCCACGUGGGACGCGGCGCAGACGGCCUGCGAGCAGCAGGGCGGCGACCUGGCCAGCAUCGACAUGAGCUACGACCAGGCCUUCGUCGCCGGAGUGGUGCUGCAGGGCGGAGCCGACGCCUGGAUCGGACUCAGGCGCAAGGACGACAGCUCCUACUCGUGGACCGAUGGCUGGCCGGUGUUCUUCACGCAGUGGGGGCCCGGAGAGCCCAGCAGCAUCGAGGGCGAGGGCUGCGUCAGCAUGCACGCCUCGCCCGCGUUCCACGGGACCUGGAACGACACCCGCUGUGACCAGGCCAAGCCCUACGUCUGCAAGAUCUCCUCGGAGACGCCGCCGCCGACCCCCGCCCCCGGCGACGGGCAGUGCCGUCGCUUCUGGGUUCCCUACGGCCGCUACUGUUACUACGUGUACAACGGGCCGAAGGGCUUCUCUUGGCCCGACGCCCGCCACUACUGCCAGUCGUUCCAGACCGACCUGAUGUCCCUCCACAGCAGAGCGGAGGUGGAGUUCAUCAGGAACCUCAACUACACCAAAUAUCACAACGUAUGGAUCGGACUGACCCAGGACCGCAACUUUGGCUGGGGCUGGACCGACGCCACGUCUUUGGGCUUCCUCAACUGGGCGGCCGGGGAGCCCAACACCGCCUUCCACCCCGGGGAAGUGGGCGAGGAGAGCUGCGUGGAGAUGUACCCGGACGGGCGCUGGAACGACAACAACUGCAUGCAGAAGAGAGGCUUCGGCUGCCGCCACCGCCAGUUCUACACAACGGAUGAUGGCGGUCAGCCAAUCUACCCCACCGAUGGUCCAGGCUUCAGCAAUAACGGCACGGUGAUCGGCGGCGUCAUCGCAGCCUGCGUGAUCUUCGUCGUCGUCGCCGGUCUGCUGUUCUACGUCUUCCGCGUCCGAGGGUAUAAACUGAGCGGCCUGAGCCUGCCCACCAGGACCACCUCGCCCGUUGACGUGCCCGCUUUCUCCAACCCAAACUUCUCAGGAGAAUCAGACAAAUAAACCGUCAUUAAGUUUU